UCAAAACAAAAAUUGAAUUACCCUUGCAAGAAAAUAUUUAAUCAAGCAAUUUGCUUGAAAGGGCGAAAGAGCUUCAAGCGCAAGACAGGCCGGGCGAAACUGGAAAGUAAAGGAAGUUGGGGAAGACGGACGUCAGUCUUGUGGUUGAUCAAUUGAAGUAAGGUUGUGGGGAGGUUUAAAGCGAUGAAAUAAAGAAAAAAGUUUGAUAAAAGUAAAAAAAAAUAGAUAAAAGUGAAGAAAAAUGUCCAUCGAUCACGACAAUGGCGCAAGUCGCAUGACACAGGCCAACAUUGAUGCAUUAACGGAGGCUUUAUUAGCAGAAAAAACAAGAAUGCCCUCUUGGAGAAAGAAUUUAAGGAAUCUCGUAAAAAGAUCCGGCAUAACACCUGGAUAGAAGAACCUUCGGAAAAUCCACCGUUUGACCCCGAACCAUACGGGUCCUCGACAAUGAUCCAAACACCAGUACAGUCUACUAACGAACUUUCGAUGCUUACGUCGAUGUCAUUCGCCUCGUUACAAGUUUCCACUUGUACUCCCAAGGAAGGAGAGGAAGUGGAUAAAAAAUCCUUCGAACGAUGGAAGGAACAGCUCGAAGCAGCAAUGAAAUUCGCAGGCAUUUUUAACGAAAACAUGAAAAUGAAUGCUUUCAAAAUGAAAGCAGGUUAUUCCUUAUUAGAUACUCUGGAAGCUACAUCACCGAAUGAUUCAUCGAGCGAUGCAAAUUUAUUCCCGUAUACUAAUGCAAUGGAAAGGUUGCAUAAAUACUAUAGCUCACACGAUUACGUUUUCCUACAGCGACAAAAAUUACGCUCUAUGAAUCAGAAUGACGGCGAGUCCGAUUUAACAUACGUAAAGAAAAUAAUUGACCUAGCAAAGCUCUGCAAUUACAAAGAAAACCAAUUGAUAGAAACAGUAGUCGAUGUGAUCCAAGCACAUGCUACUAAUCCAAGAGUCCGUAAGACAGGAAUAAAAGUUGUAAGGAAACGUGGAUCAAUAACAGAUCUUUUGGACAAAGUGCGAGAAUGCGAAAUGGAACAAAUGAACGAUAUAAAUUUCGCAAGGACCCACCAGCAAAACUCACAAGUCCAACCAUCAGCACUAGUGGCCGCCGUGUCCAACAGCUCUUACCAUAACAAUGGGCCUCGUAUGGGAGGAUUCCAUCGCGGUAACUCACUGUACCAUCAGAAAUAUUGGGGCAUGCAAAGCGGAAGAGGAACAUCUAGACUAACACCAUCGCGGUUUUCAUCAAAUAGACCUUCCGGAGGUCGUCGCGAACAAUGUGGAAGAUGCACUAGCAACUAUCAUUCUUCUGAGAACUGCCACGCCAUCAGCAAAAGAUGUCGCAACUGCCACACCGUAGGGCACAUCGAACGUGCAUGCCGUCAGGGGAUUCAGGAUAAAACCAAACGUCGCGCAGAGGAAGAAGAAGCAGGAUCACCAGCAAUUAAGACCCGGAAGAUCGCGGCAAUUAUGGACAGCAAUAACACGCCCGAAACAACCAGUGAUGAAGAGAUCGAUAUGAUGAAAGUGGCGAGUAAAGACAGCUAUUUACAGUUAACAAAGUCCCCUGAACAUACAACCGCUAUAAAUAAUGACCAGUUGUGCUCAGUCGAGAAGGGAAUCGACAACGAAGGCUUUAUUGUCGGAUAUGUCGCAGGCGUUCCUGUGAAUUUCAUGAUUGACUCCGGAGCGGACGUGAACACAGUAGCUGAGGAUAUUUAUGAAGAGUUAAGAGCAAGUGACCCUAGAACGAACCCGAUAUACAAUAUAAAAGAUGGAACCGAUCGGACAUUGAAAGCUUACGGGGUACAGAAGGAAAUUCCUGUGGUUGCUUCCUUCAUAGCCGAGCUCUACAUAUCUGAAGAACGCCCAAGAUCUUUAUAAAAAUUCUACGUUAUUGCAAAAGCAAAGCCUUUACUUAGUAGAAGUACAGCAAUUAGAUAUAUCGUGCUGCAAUUGGGCUUGAACGUGCCAGUAAAAUGUUGCGCAUCAGAAAUCUAUAAUCGGUUGUUACCGGGAGAAAUACUGACGAUAUCAAUGUCGGGAGAAUUCCCAAAAU